CCCGUCCCCUGUCCACCCUCCCCUCCACAUUCCCGCCGCCUCCUCCUCCCGCAAAACCCUAGCCAGCCGCCCCGCCGCCGCCGCCGCCUCGGCCCGCGCCCGAUCCGAUGGCGUCCGCCGAAGACCAGGCCGCGGCCGCGGCGCUGCUGGGCGGCGACCCGGCGGCGUUCGACGCGCUGCUCUCCACGCUCAUGUCGGCCUCCAACGCCGACCGCGCCGCCGCCGAGGCCGCCUUCCACCGCCUCCGCGGCUCCCACCCGGAGCCCCUCGCGCUGCGCCUCGCCUCCUCGCUCGCAGCGCCGGCCACCCCCGCCGAGCUCCGCGCCAUGGCCGCCGUCCUGCUCCGCAAGCUCCUCUCCCCGACGGCCUCCUCCGACUCCUCCUCCGCCGCGCCGCCCCCGCUCUGGCCCCUCCUCUCCCCCGACGGCCAGGCCGCGCUCAAGGCCCACCUCCUCGCCGCGCUCCAGUCCGACCCCCCCAAGCCCAUCGCCAAGAAGGUCUGCGACGCCAUAUCCGAGCUCGCCACGCUCCUCCUCCCGGAGAACACAUGGGCCGAGCUGCUGCCGUUCCUCUUCCGCGCGGCCUCCACCCCCGAGGCGCCCAACCUGCAGGAGUCGGCGCUGCUCAUCUUCGCGCGCCUCGCGGAUUACAUCGCCGAAUCUCUUCUCGACCAUUUGAUGACCAUCCACAACCUUCUAGCAUCUGCCCUGGCGCACCCGACGUCGCCUGAUGUUCGCAUCGCCGCGCUGAGCGCCGCCGUUAAUCUCGUUCAGUGCCUGCCCACUAACGCGGACAGAGAUAAGAUGCAGGACUUGCUGCCUGCGAUGAUGAGGGCGCUCACCGAUUGCCUGAAUUCGUCCCAGGAGGCAUCUGCACAGGAGGCACUGGAGCUGCUUGUGGAGCUGGCUGGUGCAGAGCCAAGGUUCCUCCGGCGACAGAUUGCCGAUGUGGCAGGAGCGAUGCUGCAAAUAGCUGAAGCUGCACAGUUGGAGGAUGGAACUAGGCACCUGGCUGUCGAGUUUGUGAUUACUCUUGCUGAGGCCAGGGAGCGUGCACCAGGAAUGAUGCGCCGGCUCCCACAGUUUGUUGGCAGGCUCUUCCAAGUACUUAUGCAGAUGUUGCUUGAUGUAGAGGACGACCCUGCCUGGCACACCGCCGAAACUGAGGAUGAAGAUGCAGGUGAAGGGAACAACUAUGGAGUGGCGCAGGAGUGCCUUGACCGUCUUGCCAUUGCCAUUGGUGGGAAUGCAGUUGUGCCGAUUGCAUCUGAGCUGCUUCCACAGUAUCUUUCUGCUCCAGAGUGGCAGAAGCACCAUGCUGCGCUCAUCACGCUUGCACAGAUUGCAGAAGGAUGUGCAAAGGUUAUGCUUAAAAACUUGGAGCAGGUGGUUUCGAUGAUACUGAAUGGAUUCCAACACCCUCAUCCUCGUGUGCGGUGGGCUGCAAUCAAUGCCAUUGGUCAGCUGUCUACAGAUUUGGGCCCAGACUUGCAGGUUCAGUACCACCAGAAGGUGCUGCCUGCAUUGGCUAACGCCAUGGACGAUUUUCAGAAUCCACGGGUGCAGGCACAUGCUGCAUCUGCAAUCUUGAAUUUCAGUGAGAAUUGCACGCCCGAAAUUCUGACACCUUACCUGGAUGGAAUUGUGAGCAAAUUACUUGUUCUUCUUCAGAAUGGUAAGCAAAUGGUGCAGGAGGGAGCAUUGACAGCUUUAGCAUCAGUAGCUGAUUCAUCACAGGACCACUUCAAGAAAUACUAUGAUGCUGUUAUGCCGUACCUGAAAGCUAUUUUAAUGAAUGCAACUGACAAGUCUAACAGGAUGCUCCGUGCCAAGUCCAUGGAGUGUAUAAGUCUUGUCGGAAUGGCUGUAGGCAAGGAUAAAUUUAGGGAUGAUGCCAAGCAGGUCAUGGAAGUGCUUAUGGCUUUGCAAGGAACUCCAAUGGAAACAGAUGAUCCGAUAACCAGCUACAUGUUGCAGGCUUGGGCCAGGCUAUGCAAAUGUCUUGGACAGGAUUUUCUUCCAUACAUGCAUGUUGUUAUGCCACCACUGCUUCAGUCUGCUCAGCUGAAGCCUGAUGUCACAAUUACUUCAGCUGAAUCAGAUGAUGAAAUAGAAUCAGAUGAUGAUAGCAUUGAAACAAUCACACUUGGUGACAAAAGAAUUGGAAUUCGAACUAGUGUGCUGGAAGAGAAAGCAACAGCUUGCAACAUGCUGUGUUGCUAUGCUGAUGAGCUCAAGGAGGGUUUCUUCCCAUGGAUUGAUCAGGUUGCUCCUACAUUGGUCCCUCUGCUUAAGUUUUACUUCCAUGAGGAAGUGAGAAGAGCUGCUGUUGCAGCUAUGCCUGAACUGUUACGUUCGGCAAAAUUGGCUGUUGAGAAGGGGCAGGCUCCAGGACGCGAUGAGUCUUACGUUAAACAAUUGUCUGAUUUCAUAAUUCCAGCUCUGGUUGAAGCGCUGCACAAGGAGCCGGAAACCGAAAUGUGCUCAUCCAUGCUGGAUUCCUUAAAUGAGUGUAUGCAGCUUUCUGGAUGUCUUCUUGAUGAGAAUCAAGUAAGAGCUAUUUCGGAUGAGAUUAAGAAUGUUAUUAUAGCCAGUGCAACCAGGAAAAGAGACAGAUCAGAGAGAACAAAAGCAGAAGAUUUUGAUGCUGAUGAAGGAGAACUACUCAAAGAAGAAAAUGAGCAGGAGGAGGAAGUGUUUGAUCAGGUCGGCGAGUGCCUGGGAACUUUGAUUAAAACCUUUAAAGCUUCUUUCUUGCCGUUCUUUGAUGAGCUAUCUGUGUACGUUACACCAAUGUUGGGAAAGGACAAGACAGCUGAGGAGAGAAGGAUAGCUAUCUGCAUUUUUGACGACAUUGCGGAGCAAUGUCGUGAGUCGGCUCUGAAGUAUUAUGAUACCUAUGUUCCUUUUCUGUUGGAGGCAUCUAACGAUGAUAACUCAGAUGUUCGGCAGGCUGCUGUUUAUGGCCUGGGCGUAUGUGCUGAGUUUGGUGGCCAUACUUUCCGUCCUUUAGUUGGAGAGGCCCUGUCAAAGCUGAACAAUGUUAUCAGACAUCCAGAAGCACAACAUGCAGAUAAUAUUAUGGCAUAUGAUAAUGCUGUUUCAGCACUUGGAAAAAUAUGUCAAUUUCACCGCGAUGGGAUUGAUGCGGCUCAGGUCAUUCCAGCAUGGCUUGGUUGCUUGCCUAUAAAAGAUGACAAGAUUGAAGCAAAAGUUGUACAUGAUCAGCUUUGUUCAAUGGUGGAGAGAUCGGACGCACAGGUUCUUGGACCUCAUAGUCAGUAUCUUCCUAAAAUAGUUUCUAUUUUUGCUGAGGUUCUGUGCAAUGGAAAGGAGCUUGCAACAGAUGAAACAACCACCCGGAUGAUCAGUGUUCUGAAGCGAUUUCAGCAGACAUUGCCACCUGAUUUUCUUGCCUCAACAUUUUCCACCUUGCAACCACAGCAGCAGCUUAUGCUACAGUCCAUCCUAUCCACAUAGUUCUACUCUUCUGUUCUGUGGCUGCAAGGUUGAGGCUUGCUUUUCUUUCCAUAAUUCGUCAUUGGUACUGUCAACCAAUUUUUUGUGUUGAAUCUUUUUCUGGGGGAGUUCAUUUGUGCAUGCAUUUGUCGCUUCAAGGGAUUGGUGGUCGCCAUUCCAUAUGGUCUUGAUGUAGAGUGUAUAUUAUCUUGUAUUCAAAUAUGAUUUUGGGGCGUGCUGCGUCAAAGAUGUAACGGAAAUGGCGAAGAUUGUUGUCUGUUGGGUUGAACAAUGGUGCAUCAGUUUUGGUAAUGAGAUUGAUAUGGAUUUGUGUGA